AGAGAUCGACAGCAGCCCGGGAAAACAUUCUCGUAGCGCUAUUGUGAUCGCGCCCAGUGGACGCGCGUCUGCUUAGGCGAUGGUCUUCGGCUGUCAACUCGUCCGAGAGUUCGUGCGCGCGCUCGGAGGGCUAUAGGAUCCGUCGGACUCGUGUGAAGAGCAAAGUUAAGCUGAGGCUGAGGUCGAAAAACAAGACAGAUUGGUGUAUCGUAGCCAAUGACUCAAUGACUGCUGUGGAGCUGCUGUAUCUGGCUCAGUAGUGUGGAGUCGUCACACCCUGAAGAAAGCAGAAAAUGGACAUGCUGAAGGACUUGAGGAUGCUGGGUCGGUCUCUCAGAUGGAGCGCACCCAUGGAGCAACUGCUGCUGUGCCUGGCUCUGUUCUCCAUGCCGUCCUACGCCAUGCUGUGCCCCAAACGCUGCACCUGCCAGAACCUGCUUCCCUCGUACACCGUGCUGUGUGCCAAAACCGGCUUGCUCUUCGUGCCACCUAAUAUCGACCGGCAGACCGCCGAGCUGCGACUGAUGGACAACUUCAUCACCACCCUGCGCCACCAAGACUUCACUAACAUGAGCAGCCUCAUACACCUCACGCUCUCUCGCAACACCAUCAGCCAGAUCCAACCGUACGCCUUCGCUGACCUGCAGGAUCUGCACGCGCUGCAUCUGGACGCCAACCGGCUCACGUUUCUGGACGACACCCAUCUCCAGGGGCUGGUCAAUCUGCGCCACCUUAUCCUCGCUAACAACCAGCUUCACAGCAUCUCUGAAGGAGCCUUCCAAGACUUCCUAGAAACUCUCGAGGACCUCGACCUUUCUUAUAACAAUUUGAUAGACUUGCCGUGGGACACAAUAGCCAUGCUAGCCAGCGUCAACACCCUCAGUUUGGACCACAAUCUCAUCGAGUUUGUUCCUGAAGGGAUAUUUUCAAAUCUUCAUAAACUCGCCCGACUUGAUAUGACGUCUAACAAGCUGAAGAAGAUCCCCCCAGAUCCUCUGUUCCUACGAAUCCCAGUCUAUGCCAAAAUGAAAGGCUCGCCGCUGACCGCGUUGGUCCUCAGUUUCGGUGGGAACCCGUUGCAUUGUAAUUGCGAGCUGGUUUGGUUGCGCCGCCUGACGCGGGAGGACGAUUUGGAGACGUGCGCGUCCCCGCGAGACUUGGCCGGCAAGUACUUCUGGACGAUUCGUGAGGAAGAGUUCGUCUGCGAGCCACCUAUGAUCACCCGGCACACUUCCAAGAUGUUCGUAAUGGAGGGUCAAGAGGUUAGUUUGCGAUGCCGCUCCGUGGGAGACCCCGAGCCGACUGUCCACUGGGUCAGUCCAGAUGGGAAGCUGAUCGGCAACACCUCGCGCACUGUAUGCUACGAGAACGGCUCUUUGGAUAUCUUGACAGCCACGGUGAAGGACUCCGGCGUGUUCACUUGCAUAGCCUCGAAUGCGGCCGGCGAAGCCACUGCUCCUGUGGAAUUAGUCGUGAACCCUUCGCCGCAUUACGACCCCAAACUGGAGCCGGAGCCGGGGCCCUCGGACAUGCCAACUUCUAUAAAGUCCAACAGCAGUGGAAGCGGCGGCCAGCCUCGAGCGGAUCAGCGGGUCAGUGUCUCGGAAAUAACCUCAAGCUCAGCGAUGAUCCGCUGGCCUCCCCAAAGCCAAAUCCCCGGAGUCCGCAUGUACCAGAUCCAGUACAACAGCUCCACCGACGACAUCCUCAUAUACAGAAUGAUUCCCGCCUCCCAUAAGUUGUUCAUACUGAGUGAUCUGGCUUCAUCACGGGAUUAUGAUCUCUGUGUCCUGGCCGUCUACGAUGACGGCAUCACGGCUCUGACCGCGACACGGCUGGUGGGCUGCGUCUCCUUCUCCACGGAGCGAGAGUUUCGUCACUGCCGCUCCAUCCACGACCAGUUCCUCGGCGGCACCAUGAUCAUCAUCAUCGGCGGGAUCAUCGUGGCGUCGGUCCUCGUCUUCAUCUUCAUCCUGCUGAUGAAGUACAAGCUUCACAGCCAGCACUACAAGCAGAAGGCCGCCCACGUCAGUAACGUUUGUUCUCAGACCAACGGUGGCCAGCAGGGGGCAGCAUCGGGUCCUCCGCCGCGAUCGUCCUCGGGGUCCUCCAGCAAGCCCUCGGUCGCACUCGGGUCGGACAGACAAGAAGGAUCCCACGGCAUGGAGGGGGGUUAUGGAGCGCUUAAAGGGACCACGGUGGUGGACUUGAACCCGGAAUACGGGAAAUCAGUCAAAGACGACGACUCCAUUUCACAAUAACACAGGGUUCGAUCCCAUCCUCUUCACAUCUCAACCCAUUCUGUUUAUUUUCUGUUGCCUUACGGAGGAUUUUCUCCUGUACAAGCAAACUCACUCUCUGGAAGCCAAACGCAGAACGGCAGAUUAAAUGGGAUUGGAUCCAAUCUAUUAGCAGGACAAGCUGCGGUCCGAAGGCAAACACAAGACUCUCUGUGUUCAAUUCUUUAUGCAAAACUCUCCUCAGACCGUGGACAUCACGUGCCUCUUCAGUGCAUAUGAGCAAUGUUUUCUAUUUUAAACCAGAGGUCAUUUCACCAAGAGACGAGGAGCAUCAAAUCAUAGAGAAGGAAAUGCUUUCUGGAUGUUUUUGUGGGAAAUAUUAUGCUUAAAUAUCUGUGUUAAGUGAAGCAGUGCCAAAGGAUUGGAUCGUAUGGAUUUAACGCUCUCCCGAAGGCUCGUGCGGAUACAGACUUAUCAAAGUUCAAUCAGAUAUUGACGAGUCCGUAUCGAGUUAGGAUUUGUGGGUCUUCUGGAGCACUUCAUUAUGGAUUCCUCUGUAUGGUCUCAGCUCUCUCUCUCUUUAUUGGGAAACUGAACACGUGGAUUGAUUUUCAGCUGAUUAACAAACAUGCCGAGUGUGUUCUUGGGAUCUGGAGAUUAGGUCAAGCAGGAGAGACAUUGAUUAUCACAGCACACUAAAACUUUCCCCAUCUCCCGUGUGAACGAGGACGAGGGGAAGACGCUCUUGAGGACUCGGUGUCUGACAGCAGACUGUGUGAAAGCAGCGCGGGCCGUGAUAAACACCCUUCGACCGCCGGCCCGCUCAAACAAACACUGCUCUUUUGUUGACUGUGGAUGUAUUUGUAUGUGAAGUCCACCUUCAGCCAUCUCUGAUUUGAUUCAUUUGAUUUCAAGGAGAAAAUAAUAAUAAUAAUGAUUAAAAAAAUGGGAUGGAGUUUUAUGCUAUGUGGAUUUAUAAAGAAAUAAAGUAUUUUUCUUCAAGGCGUGUGGAGAUGACUUUAUUUCAUUGUUAUUUUAUUAACGGUAACUUCCAUUUCACCUCAAGCUGUUAUGAUUAUUUUCAUAUAUUGAAGGGGUUGUGUUUGUUUUUAAGCAGGUCUUAGGGCUGAGUGUACUGAGAGUUAAUUAACUCAAGCAUACUCUGAAUCAUAUGCUAGUGAUUUUUAGUCUCGUGCAUUACUCAACAUCUCAAUAUUCCAGAGAGAGUGUUUAUCUUGUGUCAGAUGUUUACAAAUGCAUUGAUUAUUUGUGGCGCGAGACGUGUGCACUGAUCAGAUGAAGCUGUAAUGACUCAGAUGACCGCAUGAUGUCACUGCUCACACACUGAUGACGUGAAGGUGCUCAAAUAUCCAAGCACUGUUAUGAUCAGCACUAACAUUAAAAAAA